AUGAAAGCACUUUCUCCUUCUCUUUCAGUGCUUUGUGGCUCUAGUGGAACUUUAGCUCAGCAUCGAAGGCUAUUGGAAAAUGGCGAGUUCUCAAACUUGGCCAAAGAAUUGCCACUAGCCAGAGCAAUCACUGGACAACAUAUCGACAAAACGACAAUGGUACGUCUCGCUCUGUCUUACAUCAAACUACACAGAUCGAUUCGAAGUACAGAAUGUGGCCUCAUGGAUUGCUUUCUGAUGGUGUUGGAUUCACAGGCUGAUGUGCUAUAUGUCAGUGAGACCAUCAGUAUUUAUCUCGGAUUAUCACAGGUGGAGAUGACGGGAAAUUCGAUAACAGAAUACAUUCAUCCAGAAGACUGGCAACAGUUCUAUUCGGUUUUCUGUUCAUCUUGUGAGUGGUCGCAAAUGUGCAGCGUUCGUGUGAAAUCGUCACUAACAAAGAGAUCAAAUAAGAAGGAUUCUCUAAGGGCUUCACCAGGUUUUAAGGUAAGUGCAUUAUUCAUAUUUCUUACCAGAACUCCUAGUGUUACUUUUCUGGGACGUGAACGAUGUGAUAAACGACAAAACGUUGGGUGUUCACCAAUCGCUUAA